AUGCCUGUGGCUGCAGGAGCUAGCUGUGCUCCCUUUGGACAAGCCUUCAGAUUCCUAGAGGGCUCUGGUGGCUGUGCAGUGACACCCUCUCGGUGUGUCGGGAGCUCCCUGGACACCCCCAGUUUCCAUGAUCCUCAGAAAGAUGCAUCUAAGAACCAGGAAUAUAAAGACAAUGGCAUAAUUGGACGUGUGUGUUGUCAGGAUAGUAAGGAGCUACCUCAUGAAACCCCUAUUCCUGCCCCAAGAAGUGGAACCAAGGAGGAUGCUCGGGCGGAGGAGGAAAGCAGAACUAAUUCUCCAGAUGGCAACACUUCAAUAAAUUGUGGAGAGCAGCAGCCUGCAGCUCCUCAGGAGACAGUAACGUACAGCCACACCAGGCAAGCUCUGCCUCCCCAGGGUGACAGAGAUACAGCCAAAGGGUCAUCUGUGGAGGACACCUCUGUGCACAACAGCCAAGGUGAAGUUCUCCCCGAGACAGAGGUGGAUCUGCCCAAAAGCAGACUGCAGGCUCCUGAAGACCAGUGGUACCAAGAACUUGCUCUGGAGAUCAUUGCCAAAGACAGUUCUCUGGUUGAUAUUCUCAUGCCUUAUCCUGUUAGAAGAACUGUUCUGGACCUGAUGGAGGGUCUGUUUCCUGUCAGUGUUUCCAUGCUGGAUAGAUCACACAGGACCGAGGGGGAUGUACAGCAUGCACGGGCCAACCACAGGAAAAGUAGUAGAGAUGCAGCAGCAGAGUGUCCUGAAUCUGAACAUGGUGCUGAGCAGAGUGAGGAUCCUACCCCUAAGGAAAGCCAAGUCCUGACCAGGAGCAGAGACAGCACGAGAGACCUGGAUGACAUCACAUCUAAGAAGCUGGAGCUGCUGUCGUGGCUGCGGGGGAAGCUGCAGGCGCUGUGGGAGCGGCGGGAGCAGGUGGUGCGGGCGGCGCGGGCCAGCGCGCGGCGCGGGCGGCAGCUGGAGGCCACGCUGCGCGGGCUCUGCAAGCCCAACGAGUUCGAGCGCUACAUGAUGUUCAUCGGGGACCUGGAGAAGGUGGUGAACCUCUUGCUCUGCCUGUCCAGCCGCCUGGCCCGCGUCCAGAACGCCAUGAGGAGGGUGGAUGGCAGCACGGAUGCUGAGGAGAAGCAAUCGCUGAAUGAACGGCACCAGCUCCUGUCGAGGCAGCGCGAAGACGCAAAAGACCUGAAAGAGAACCUGGAUCGCAGGGAAAGAGUUGUCUCUGGCAUCCUGGCCAAGUACCUGAAUGAGCAGCAGCUCCAGGACUACCAGCACUUUGUCCAAGUCAAGACCUCCUUGCUGAUCGAGCAGAAGGACCUCGAAGAGCAGAUUAAAUUUUUUGAAGAACAGUUGGAAAGCCUGGAAGCCAGCAUCCCCCUCUAGCCCCCCCAAGGGGACCCUGUUGAUGCACAUCCUGAUUGGUGACGUUUCCCUGGACAUCCCCACACACUCAGCGUGGGGAAUUCCUGCAAACCUGUUUGUGUCAUGGUACUGACAAGUGCUGAGAUGCUCUGGGAUGCUCUAGGCACGCUCUGGACAUGCCUUGCCCUGUGGACAGGCCAACUGCUGGUGUCCUGCAGGCUGCAGCUGGAACCGACGGGUGGGAUGCAUUGCUCCUGGUAACUUGGCGUGUAUUUCCCCUCCUUCUUCUCUGUCCAUCUGCUUCCAGAUUGACAUGAUGUCAGUAAAAGAAUGAUCCAAAUAUUUUUCUCUAGUGGGUGGGCUGAGUGUUUGAAAUGAAAAAUGAUGUGGGUGUUCAGAUUCCAACUGGAGAUCGCACGAAGCCUUGGGAAGUGUUAGGGACCAUUCCAGUGAAACUCCUGCACUCGUUUCUACUGUUUAUAUGUAUGACACAGUAAAAACACACUAUAAUGGAAUAAAACAAUUAUUUCCUCUCUUGGCAGUUGCCACCCA